GUGUGACGUAGGAGGAAGGAGACGCCAUUAAGGGGAGGCGGAGAGCGAGCGCUGUUAGCCUUUCCUCCGGUGCCUGACGUGGUGUCUCGGUCCCUUCCUUCUCGGACUUUCCCUCGGCCCUUCCAGAUCUCGCCCGGAAGGAGUGGAGACGGAGCGGCGCGGCCGGGGCGGAGGGGGCUGAGCCGGCCGGCUUCUGUGGGCAGCGCGGCGCGACUCUCGGGCGGGAGCGGCGGGGAGGCGGCGGGAUGGCUGCGGCUGGCGGCGGCGGGGCGGCGGCGGGCAGAGCCUACUCGUUCAAGGUGGUGUUGCUAGGCGAAGGCUGCGUGGGGAAGACGUCGCUGGUGCUGCGCUACUGCGAGAACAAGUUUAACGACAAGCACAUCACCACCCUGCAGGCAUCAUUCUUAACAAAGAAGUUAAAUAUUGGUGGGAAAAGAGUAAACCUUGCCAUAUGGGAUACAGCAGGUCAAGAGAGAUUCCAUGCGUUGGGUCCAAUUUACUACAGAGAUUCAAAUGGAGCUAUUUUAGUUUAUGAUAUAACAGAUGAAGAUUCUUUUCAGAAGGUAAAAAACUGGGUCAAAGAAUUACGGAAAAUGUUGGGAAAUGAAAUCUCUUUAUGUAUAGUUGGUAAUAAAAUAGACUUGGAGAAGGAGAGACAUGUUUCCACUCAAGAAGCAGAAUCGUAUGCAGAGUCCGUGGGAGCAAAACAUUAUCAUACUUCAGCCAAACAGAACAAAGGAAUUGAAGAACUCUUUCUUGACCUUUGUAAAAGGAUGAUAGAAACAGCACAAGUGGAUGAGAGAGCAAAAGGCAAUGGCUCUAGUCCACCAGGAACUGCAAGGCGAGGUGUACAGAUCAUUGACGACGAGCCCCAGGUGCAGAGCGGAGGUGGAGGGUGCUGUUCUUCCGGAUAACUGUUCAUGCCUGAGAAAUUAGAACUGUGGAUCAUUGCCCUCAACAUGAAGACUGCCAUAUUCCAAGUCACGUUAUUUUACCAAUGGAGUUAUAGAAUUAACAGUAUUUUAAAUUACGUUUAAAACACUGCAGAGACCUUAAGUGCUAAACUUAGUGGAGUUUGUGACCAGAGAAUUGGCAUUUUCUACAAAUGUUAACAAAGCAAUUACCAAUGGCCUUUUUACAUUUUUUUUUUCUUUAAUGAGGAAUAAUAUGCAUGUAGAAAAGACCUACUUAAAGGCUUCAUUUAUAUUCUUUUAAAUCAGAUCUUUAUUUAAUAACUUAUAUAUGUUGUUGGAAUGGUAUACAUUUUUGCAGCCCUUUGUAUUUUGUGGUGGUUUGAAUUGUGUCACUCCUAAACAGCAGACUAUUUUGUUUUUUGUUUUUUUUUAAUUAGCAGAUACCUGAAGUACUAUUUUUGCAGGGUUUGCACAGGCCCCUAACUGUCUCCCUUUACUACUUUGAUAUAAUCUGUAUACAUCCUGUAUGCUGAGCUGGUAAAAUAGAUUGUAAAUUACAUAUUAAAUAUUUUAUCUGCUUUUACAAGCGCAAAGUGCAAAAAUAUAUACAGUAGUCUCAUCGAUGACUGUAAAGUGAAUUAACAUUUGAUGACAAUGCCUAAGCUUUUUGACUCUGAUAUAAAAAUCAUAGUUCCCUUUCACUUUUGUCUUAACGUGGCGUGUUUAAAUUUUUGCAUAUACUUUACUUGAAUUAUUGCUGUUGUCACAUAUUUUGCCUCUGUAAGUCCGUCUGGUGGUUGAGCAGCGGUAUUUGCCUUUUGGCUUGGGUUUUUGUUUUUUCUUUUAUUAAUGUAUUUGUUUUUAUAGAAGAGAUGACUUCUGCUGGUUUUCCUUUAGGAUGGUUGGUUACAUUGGAAAAAUUUGAGUGGAGCAUACUGUUUCACUUCUGCGGUAGCUUUAGUUUUCUCUUAGGCUUUAGAGGAGAUGGGUUCACUAGUGUGGGGAGAGAGAAAGAGACACAGUAGCUGCUCACCAAGACUGAUUCAGACAGCAUGUUAGUGAAACAUAGCUGCUCUGAGGCAGCACUUGCACAUCCUUUGUCAGCAAGUUGUAUUUGUACGUUUCUUGCCCGAGAUGAGCACAGAAACGUUUGUAAGAAAUAUCCUCCUGAGUUUCUGUGGAGAGAAGCAUUAUGUGUAAUGCAGUUAUAGCAAACACUGGAAAGAUUUAUUAUGGAAUUAUAUUCUUGUAUACUUUAUUAAUUAUUCCCUUCUUAGAUUUUUUUUUUUCUUACGCAUAGGACUGAACUUAAAUUUGUUAAUUUUAAUAGAAUCAGGCGCUGCUCACAGAAGGAACACAGACUGUGGAAAUUCACAUUAUAUUGUUCUUGUUUAAAUAUAUAUAUUUUUCCAUUUCUGUUAUGCUUGAAAAACUAGUAAAUGUUAUGUCUAAGAUUAAAAUGGAAUGGUCCCUGGAUUUACUUCUUAUAAGAAGCAAAUAGUAUGCAAUAAAGCUGUUAAUAUGAGCAAUGAAGAGGAUCUAAGGAGGUUAUAGUUACUGAAGAAGUACUACCAUAUUUUUGAGUUAAUAGCUUAAACCUUCCCAAGUGGGCAAAAGUUGAAUGAACUGACACCUCGAUGUUAGAAUUUUAAUGUAGUAUUAAGCAUUCUCUGAAUCCUCAUUUGACCUUUUUAAAUUAUUGUCCUUGCUAAACUUAUCACACUGACCUCUCUGUUCUGUGUUUGAGGAGCAUGAGGUGGGAAAAGUCAGGGAGACAGCAGCUAAAAUUGUCUUUUUUGGGAUGAUGUACUGUGUGCAGUCUCUUGAUUCCUGUGAAGUUAGUGUUUGUGUGUGGGUAGGGGAGGAAGCAGAAACACUUGUUUAUGCCCUCCUAGCACUCUGUUCAGACAGUGUAAAGCUUUGCCAUUCUUCCUGUAGGUGGAGAUGGGAAAUAAUCUCUUCUCAUUGAAGUGAAAUAAUGUUUUUAAACUAGGUAGAGAGGAAAUUAAGCUUUAUUCCCCCACAUAAGUUAUAAACCCUGAUAAUUAGAGAGUUGUACUUUAAUUUUGACCCUAUUUUAAUGGUAUAAAGUCCAGAUAGGAAACCCUGCUCCAGAGUUGCCAGGUAAUCAUUGGUGGAGCGUAACUAUUCUCUGUAUUUUUUUUCUUUACUCCUUUGGUUUAUGCGAGCAUUUUAUUCUUUUUUUUUCUGUUUAAACUUGUAACUUUAAACUUAAUUCAAUAGCAACAAUAGAUAAUAUUGAUCCUUUUAAAGCCUAAAAGCUCUUUAGGUAGGAAUAGGGUGAAAGGGUAAUGAAAGAAGACCAAGCAAAUGCAGUCCAUAGUAUUCAAAGGAAAGAUAAAGAUGAUAAACAAAGGCUGAGGAAAUUUUUCUGAUAUUUUCUUCAUCUCUCUGAUACACUUUUUUGUGUUCCUGUUCUGAUAAUUGUGCUAUUAGGAAGAAGAUAACAAGUCAUGUUGUGUAUUAAAAGUAGCUAGGUAGAACCGAUAUUUUUUUUUAACUAGUAAAAUAUUAGCAUAUAUAAUUACAUAACAUACAUAGUUAAAAAUUGGUUUAAGAUAGUCAUUUAAAGAUACCCAAAUACUUUAUUAUGUUAAAAGUGUACAAUCAUUGUUUCUGUAUUAAUGAUGGGUAUUCUUGUUUUGCUUUGUGAUUACAGGGGAAGAUUGUUUUUUUAAAUGUAUAUUGCAAUGAUUUGAGGUAAAUAAUACUCAGAAAAGAAAAAAAGCAUCAUGUUAUUGUAUGAAAUAUGAGUGUUUGAAUUUGUUUUGUUUGGGGUAUCUCCUGAGAAUACCCUAAAACUGUGGUUGUUAACUGUAUUGAAAUAUAUAUAUAUUUUUAAUAGUAGCCAUAUAUUAUUAGUGGAAUACUUUUAUUUGGCAUUAAAGUAAGGAAAAGAAUAGUUCGUUUUUAGAUGUUUAAAUAAAGGAUGAAAUUGAGGAAAUCAAGAAGGAGGAAUUGAAGAGUAGAAUGGAAGUCAAGUAGAUAUAAAACCCUACAACCUGGUAAGUUUUUAGAUCACUCUUAAGAAUACAGUACUUUUAUUGAAGAAUUUCUAAAUAAGGCAAACUAUACAUUGUGCCAAAUAUUUAGAACUUUUUUAAAAAGGUGGAUUGUAAUACUAUUUAUUUCUUUUAAUAUACAUAAUUUGUGAUCUUCUAUAAGUGCUACUGGGAAUCUAGAUCACUGAUCUUAUAUCUUGUGGCAGUGUAGUUUGCCCUUAUAAUUACCACUGUAUUAUCUCUAAAAGUAAUACAAUCUGUGCCUUUACCUUUGAGAAUUUAUCUUGUGACUUCUGUCUGCCAUUGUAGAUUUCACAGUUUUCUUUGUAGAUACUUACCACAAAGAGGGAAUAUGUAAUUUGUGACCAUUUAAGCUGUCGAAAUUUUCUGGAACAGGGUGUAUAGUAGUGACUAGUACGAGCCUCGUAAUACUGUCUGAAAAUACAGAAGCUGCGUAAAUCCUUAAGUACUUUUUUUUUUCUAAAUUACAAAUGCAUAAACUAGAGUAAUUAAAAAUCAGAAUUCAUUGAAUUACAUUUACUUGAUUUCAUAGUAGGGAUUGAUUUCAGUAUGUUGUUUUUCUCUUGUAAUCGGCGAUAACAGAGUAAUCUGUUUGGUAUUGUGACCAAAAGUCACGCUUCACGUCUGUCUGACUUGGGCCUUUCCCUCUUUGAGAAAACAAUUACAGUGUUGAACAAAAUCUUUCUAAUUGUAAGUACUUCAGUAGUAUCAUAUGUAAUGAAAACAAAAUUAGAAAUACUCUUAAGAGUUUCCAAUUUCAAGCAGAAAAUGCUUCUUUUCUAAAUAAAUACCUCUUUAUGUGAUAAACCUUUAGCACUACUCGUGCUAUCCAGGAUUUAUAUAUUAUCUCUUUCUUCAAAAACUGUGCUUUUGAAUGUUAACCUUUCUACUGCAGCCUUUUCCUUUAAACUUGGCAUGUUAAUGUUAAAAAGCAUAUCCAGUAAGACUUUUAUUCUUAAAACAUUUUGUCCUCUUUGGAAGUCUGCACAGAUUUCCGAAUGCAUCUCAUUAAAGCUUUAAGUCAGGCAGUGGGGUUGCUACCUGAAAUGCCUUUAUUCCCACUGUGCCAGUUCUCAAUGUUGAUUUUGAUACUUCCUGGCAGCGGUACCAUCUCUUCAUUAUCAAAUACAUAAUAAAAAGCUAAUAUGAUUUUCUUAAAUUUUAGCAUGUGUACAGUAGUGAGAAAAAGGUGAGGGGUUGCAAGGAUAUAAAGUAUGAUAAUGUUGAAAAAUAGCAGUGGUAUUUGUUGAAGUAUCUUUGGUAGCAAGCUAUUUUAAGGAAACCACCAUAUGUAGUACUCCUAGAAAUGUAAAAGUCUUAUUUUGUAUUAUAUACAUAACCGUACAUUCUAGAAAAAAUGAUAAAAAGUAACAGAUACUGUCAAAGUGCCCUUUGUGCCCCCUCCCAAGUAGUAACUAUUGCUCUCUAGAAUAUAUUCCUCAAAUACCUUUUUGCUAUCCAUUAAUAUACCUAUGUAUUUACAUCUGGAAUUACAUACUUUUGUGGGUUUUAAAUGUUUGCAUAAAUUGUCUUUUACUGCAUACAUGUUCUGCACCUUGCUUUUUGUCAUACCAACAUGUGCAGGAGCUCUUCAGUAAAUACAGACUUUUCUUUUUAUUUCC